AUGCUAAUCAAUAGUCCACAAUUUCAUGACAAAUUGCAGACUCGAAAGCCAUCGUCUGGCGUCAACUUCUAUCUUGGCUGUUGUGGCAUUUGGACUGUCACCGGCCUUGGGAGAUCCAACCUAGUGACUCAGAGUACAUUCAGAUUUUCCACCUUCAUCAUCGAUCAGCUGCAGCCUGCGUGCAUCAUUCCAACCUUGUGGGCAGGAGGUGCGUCCUUUGAUCCAAGGCUGAGUCUCAAUAUUCAACUUAGAACUCGCUCGGAAUCACUUGCCAUUGCCUGACAUCGCCCUUUCUCCCGCCCCACGCCUCGUUCCUCAUAAACCUCGCUGGCACAAUGCCAGUAAUUCAACAGCCUGCAAAUCAAAUCAAGUUGACAAAUGUCUCCAUUGUCCGGUAUAAGAAAGGAAAGAAGCGGUUCGAACUCGCCUGCUACAAGAAUAAACUGCUCGAAUAUCGCUCAGGGACCGAGACCGACCUAGAUAAUGUGCUCCAGAUCCCCACUAUCUUUCUCAAUGUCUCAAAGGGCGAGACUGCCCCAAAUGCAGAACUCGUCAAGGCCUGGCCCACGUCCUCCCAAGCCCAGGAACCCUUAAAAUCUACAAAGUCAAAUGCAAAAUCCUCAAAGAAGGCAAAGGGAAAAACCAACGACGAGCCUGAUGAUGAUAAAUCCUGGAAAGAUGCCAUCAUCGAAGAGAUCUUGAAAAAGGGUGAGAUUCAGGUGAAUGCCAAUGAGCGCAAAGAACUUCUCGACCGAAUGGAGAGGGAAAUCGUUGAAGAGGUGGCACAAAGACUGGUUGACCCGCAGACCAAGAGAGUUUACACGACUGGCAUGAUUAAAAAAGGCCUCGACGUUCUCUCCAAACAAGGCGGCCAUGCUCCGUCUUUGGAUUCGCUCGGCCAUAAACUAGGCAAAUUGAAUCUGGAACACACUUCUAACAAGGCUGGCUCUACACCAAAAGGUUCCACCGAAACAAGUGGCCAAGCGACACCCAUGACGGACGACGAUGCUUCGUCCACGACUACGAGCAAACCGAAGAAAGGUGACACUCCGAUAUGGACGGGAGUCGUGACAACAAAAUCAGUCAAACAGCAAGCUCUCGAAGCCAUGCGCGCCCUGAUAGCAUGGCAGCCUAUCCCAGUCAUGCGAGCUAGGAUGAGGCUGCGGAUCACGUGCCCUUCUAAUUUAGCCAAGCAAGCACCCAAGUCCAAGAUUGCGGAUGUUGGGGAAGACAAUGAAGGAGACAAAGGCAAAGGUACUAUCCAGGACCGAAUUCUCUCAUUUGUCGAGCAAGUAGAAAGCCAAGAUGUCGUUGGCGAAGAAUGGGAAGUCAUUGGAUUUGUCGAACCUGGAGCAUUCAAGGCUCUUGGCGAAUUCUGUUCAAGCGAGACAAAGGGUCGUGGGAGGCUCGAGGUGCUGGAUAUGGCUGUCACCCAUACGGACGACUGAGACUGUACUGGCUUAAAAUUUCCGCCAUCACCGUGGCCGCUCAAACCUAUAAUCAGACUUGCGAGGGGAGCGAUUCUCGCCGUGUUAUGUACCAGCGACCACAAGUCGGAGGCAUCCGAACUCUAGACCAACCAUCCUUACAGCUCGAUCGUGUGCCAUAGCAUGUGAUCAUUGUGAUCGAUUAUCCGUGUUGGUGGCAACGCUUGGCCAACGGCCACGACGCCAUUCAUUUGUCAUCAGUCAUUCGUCCUGCCAGCAGAAGCCUUGACUAGUCUAGUAUGAUGACGGUGAUCAACGCGAGAAAAUGGGUGAUGGAGACUUGGAAGAAGCCUUAGAGGGCUUAUCGCAUUUUUGGAUUUCAUUUCCUCGCCGGGGCCGAUUUCCCUGGGGCCAAUGACUAUCCAGAGAUCCAUGGUCCUAUCUAUGUGAAUAUCAAGACCAUCCAGGAGUCACUAUGGUUGCCUCUCCUACUA